AUCCAAACCCUUUACGUGCCUAAUCCCAAUUCCCAAGCAUUUUAAGCCCCUCAUACCCCAGUGCACAACUGCACAUUCCAAAAUGGAAUCUUCCUCUUUCCCCACUUACAGCACCACCCUGCUCUACUCCGUGGCUGCGAUCACGGCGGCGCUUUUUUAUGUAAUUUUAUUUCAGCGGUGGCGAUGCCGCCGCGGUAAAUCACUUCCGCCGGGCCCCGCCGGCUUGCCUGUCGUCGGCAGCCUCCCGUUUCUGGAUCCGGAACUCCACACGUACUUCGCCCGCCUCGCCCGCGUCUACGGCCCGAUCUUCUCCCUCCGCCUCGGUGGAAAGCUCGGCGUUGUGGUCUCGUCUCCGGCCAUCGCCCGCGAGGUCCUUAAAGAUCAGGACCCCACAUUCGCCAACCGUGACGUUCCGGCUGCCGGGCGCGUAAUCACCUACGGCGGCGCCGACAUCGUAUGGAACCCCAACGGCCCGACAUGGCGCAUGCUCCGCCGCAUGUGCGUCCGCGAGAUGCUCAGCCCGGCAGGGCUCGACACCGUCUACGGGCUCCGCCGGCGGGAGGUCCGGUCGACGAUCAGCCACCUCUACGCCCGAUCGGGAUCGCCGAUCGACGUCGGUGCCCAGAUGUUCCUGACCGUGAUGAAUGUGAUCACGAGCACGCUGUGGGGGGGCACGGUGGAGGCGGCGGAUGAGCGGAGCGCGGUGGGGAGAGAAUUCCGGGAGCUGGUGGCGGAGAUCACCGACUUGUUGGGCCGGCCGAACGUGUCGGAUUUUUUCCCGGCGCUGGCGCGGUUCGACCUGCAAGGGAUACAGAAGCAGAUGGGGGUGCUUCUGGACCGGUUUGACCGAAUAUUCGCAGAUAUUAUAAAGCAGAGGAGGCAACAAGGAGCAGAAAAGAAGGACAAGGAUUUCUUAGAGUUUAUGCUGCAGCUGGAAGCGGAGGGGGGCGAUAGCAAGACCCCGUUCACCAUGACUCAUGUCAAGGCCCUGCUCAUGGACAUGGUGGUCGGAGGGACAGAGACGACAUCGAACACUACAGAGUGGGCCAUGGCAGAGAUGCUGCAGAAACCCGAGAUCCUCCGCAAGGCUCAGCAGGAGCUCGACGAGGUAGUCGGAAAGAACAACAUUGUCGAAGAGACGCACAUCUCUAAGCUCCCUUACCUUGCUCAAGUAAUCAAAGAGGUGCUCCGCCUCCACCCGGCCCUCCCCCUCCUAGUCCCACAUUGCCCUAGCUCGUCGUCCACCAUCGGCGGCUAUGCCGUGCCCAAAGGGAGCAGAGUGUUCGUCAACGUGUGGGCGAUCCAAAGGGACCCUUCGAUAUGGAAGGAUCCCUCGGAAUUCUGGCCGGAGAGAUUCUCCGAAGGCAGCACGGCGGCCAACAGGUGGGAUUUUAGCGGGAAUGAUUUCGACUACUUCCCGUUCGGGUCUGGGCGGAGAAUCUGCGCAGGGAUCGCCAUGGCAGAGAGAAUGGUUGGCUACUCGCUCGCGUCACUGCUGCAUUCGUUUGACUGGAAGCUGCCAGAGGGUGCGAAACUCGACUUGUCAGAGCGGUUCGGGAUCGUCCUCAAGAAGGCUGAGCCGCUGGUGGCGGUGCCCAUUCCGAGAUUGGGAAAGCCUGAGCUCUACUGCUAGACCCCUGCAGGUUCUCAGUUUAUUCUCCUAUUUGGUCUGAGAUCAUUUAUAUCACUUACGAGUUGUUUCCUUCAGUCUGAUGAGAGACCAGGAAAAAUGAAAUGGCAUCAGAUGGGGAAAUUUGAUUGUGUCCGUGGAUCGAACAUUGUAAUAAUAUGCACUUUAUAUAGUAAAACUAAAAGAUAUGAAUGAUUCAGUAGAAAAUGAGUAUUUGUAGAACUUACCUCCUAAAUACAGCGAAGUUGAAAUAAUUUAUGCAUUUUACAUUCCAAUGAUA